AUGGCCUACCCCACCGCAGGGCGUACUGUCACCACGCGCCCAUCGACAGGCGCUCAGCUUGCCGGCGUUUCGUCCAUUGAGGACCUAGCAUGUAAUAUCGGAACCGUGCGAGAGGCGAGGGGGUCCACACCCUUGAAGAUGCAGUCCGCCAUAAAGAUGAAGCUCGAAACCGAGAAGGCUUCAGCUCACAACACCGUCCGCGCUGUGUUGCUGGACGUAGGGGGCUACCCGCCGUCCCCUAACCCUGGAGAUAGAGAGGGAUUUAAUACUGCCUCCUCCAUAUCGACGCCGAUAACCGGCAGCAAUAGCUUUGGACCACAGAGUGCUACCAAUAUAUACUCCCACAUACAUGAAACAGCAGCGAAACGAAUACAGACACUCGAGUAUCUACGCAGCGCCCACCAUGGCCGAGUCUACUGGUUCAAUACCGUCCAUUUUUCCAAAGCCGAUCUCGCCCGUAUGCCCUACUUUGAGAAACGCAAACUCACCCGCCGUGCCAUAAACUUCCUCUUCCUAGGCUUCUCUCUCCCGCCGAUACUGGAUGUCAGCUCGGGGCUGUCUGAAUACCUGAAGUCUCUGAAUGCUCUGCUACUUGAAUUUGAAUCCUUCCAGCAGAUACACGCUGUAGAUGGUGGCUCGGCCGCAACUCUCGCUCGUGCAAGGCUGCCACAGAUGUUCAAACGGUCAGGCCAGUCCACAAAGACGAGACGAACAAGCUCAGCUACAGAGAUUGGCCUACCGAUGCAAUCGGUAGACCAUCACUCCGAGAUAAAGGUCAUGGGGAACAUGACUUCUGCGGGGGGAGCGUCUGCAGUGUCUACCUUCCCAUCCAACUCGGAGUCACAAGAUCUACUUCCCGGAGAAGAAUAUACGUUUCUCCUAACGCCCUCAUUGCCAUUUGAUCCCGACUACUUUGAAAUAUUUUCUACUUUAUGCGAUGUGCUUAUCGAUUGCUAUUCGAGAUUGGUUUCCCUUGUCUCUCAUCCUGGUCUCUGCAACGCUGCGCUUGGUGAGUUGUUUUCAAAGGCUGACGCGAAACUACGAAAAGUCAUCGUAGCUGGUAUUGUCAGGGAGUUUGAAGACGCUAGUCGAGCCAGCGUGAAGAGUGAGAUUGCGGGAGUCGGCCGUGUAGUCCUAGGUGGGCUUUUGGGCUGA